AUGACGAACCUUGAAGAAGAUGUAGGUACAUCAAAAUUCUUGGAUUGGGCCCAAACAGCCGGAAAACUAUGGAUUUCUGAUAAAAUAAGACUCGGAAGGCACAGAUCUGAUGAACAGCAAGGAAGAUGUAUCAUGGCAGUAGAGAGUAUACCCAAAGGCGAAAAAUUAUUUGAAAUACCCCGUGAAAGCGUUUUGAAUGUGACCACUACCAAAUUGUGUGAACAAAAUGACGAAAUGGGUGAGAUCUUAGUUCUAAAGCUGGGACACUGGGAAGGCUUGAUUAUAGCUAUUCUGUAUGAGCUCAAAGUGGUCAAGGAUGAGAGCCAUUGGUGGGCGUAUUUCCAGGUCUGGCCACAGCCUUCUGCGAUCAAUUCUUUAAUGUAUUGGUCGGAGGACGAGAUUUCGCAUCUAACGCCCUCUACAGUGAGCAGCAGAAUUGGUCGCGAAGGUGCCGAGGCGAUGUAUAUGCGCGUGAUGGCUCACAUCAAAGAGUUAGGCCUCUCACAACUUGAAACAGUCACUUGGGAUGAGUUCGUACAUGUGGCUUCGAUCAUCAUGUCUUAUUCAUUUGAUAUGGAGCGGGCCGAUUAUGAAAGCGACGACGAAGAACUUGACGAAGAUAUGACAGAUAGUGCCAGUGGCGAGGCUGUGACACACUCUACAGUUUGGUCCGACGGGUUUUUAAAAUCGAUGGUCCCUAUGGCAGAUAUGUUAAAUGCCGAUACUCAUAAGUGCAAUGCGAACCUAACUUAUUCUCCCGAAUCUCUCAUAAUGGUUGCUGUCAAGGAUAUAGCCGCGGGAGAGCAAGUGUACAACAUCUACGGAGAGUUUUCAAAUUCUGAAAUUCUGCGUCGCUACGGCUACGUGGAGUGGGCAGGUUCCAAGCACGAUUGUGGCGAAAUUUCCCUUGAAACUAUUGUUGCUGCUACUCAGAUUUGCAUGGGUUCUUCUCGUGCCGUAAUUGACAAGGUUUUAGAUUUCAUCAUGAACCAAGCUGACAUCAGAGAUGAAGUGCUGGAAGGCGAGACAUUGAUCAUGGACUCGUAUGACUGUUAUGUGGACGGCCAAUUUUCACCCGAGUUGGUUUCGGUCUUACAGAUUUUAUCAUGCAUCUUACAAGUACCUGGAGUAGAACAGUUGAAUGAUAAAGUUCUUUUAAGUUAUCUGCAAAACCUUGUGAAAAGAUCAAUUCAAAAUGUAAACGCAAACGAAAUCACUAGAUCGUGUGCUCAUUUGUGCGAAUGUGCCGUCGACUUAAGAUUGCGCGCUUACCCCAGUUUUAGCUUUAGAGAGCCUUCGCCGAAUGCCGAGCCGCAAAGCGUAAAGGAAUUGAAAAUAAAAAUGGCCGAGUGUGUCCUGAGAAGCGAAGUUAAAUCAUUUCAAAACUGUUUACUGCUGUUAGAAAACGAAUACCAACUCGUUGAUGACAACUCUCUACUAGACAAGAUAAUAGUUCCAAAGAGGAAGAUUGGACAUAAAAAGAACAAAACGACACCCGCGAAAAGAAUGAAAAAGUAA